AUGGCUCGCAUGCAGGCCAGAAGGGUGGCCAACCUAGAAGCGGAGCUUGCCACGUGUCGCCACACGAUUGCGUCGUUGGAGAUGGAAAUCGCGGACGUGCGGCAUGACCUGCAGGACGCGGAGCAGAAGAAGGCAGGAGCUGCGGCCAUGUGGAAGGAGGAACACAGCAAGCGGACAGCAGCAGAGGAGGAGGUGCGGUUUUACCAGCGACAAGCAGCCACAGCUUUGGAGCAGCGAGACCAAGUGACUCUGGAGCUGGAGCAGCUGAGAACCGCCAAGGCGGACGCAGAGGCGCGAGCCAAGGGGGAGAUAGAGCAGCUGCGGAAGGAGAAAGCGAGUGCUGCUGAGAAAAGCAGAGCCGAGAUUGAUAAGCUGAUGAAGGAGAAGUGGGAUUUGCUAGAGAGGGUGAAGGAGGCGGGUAGGCAUGCUGCGGCGUUGGUUAAGCAGCAGGAGCUGGCGGAUGAAAAGAUUGAGGAGGCGGAGAGGGGGAGGCGGGAGGCGGAUAGGGGAAGGGAGGAGGCGGAGAGGGAGAGGGAGGAGGAGAGGAGGGAGAGGGAGAGGGUGGAGGGGGAGAGGGAGGAGGAGAGGAGGGAGCGGGAGAGGGUGGAGAGGGAGAGGGAGGAGGAGAGGAGGGAGAGGGAGAGGGUGGAGAGGGAGGGGAAGGAGGAGGAGGGGAGGUUGAGGGAGGAGAUAAGGAGGGAGAGAGAGGAGGGAGCGAGGUUGAAAGAGGAGGUGGGGAGACUGAAGGAGGAGGUGGAGAGGAGGAGGAACGGUGCGAGGGAGUGGGAGGCGAUGGGGAGGGAAUCAGAGGGGCAGGUGACUCGUGCAAAAGCGGAAGCAGCAUCGAUAGCUGCAGCAGCUGCUGCUGCGGUGGAGGCAGAGCGAGAGAAAGGGUUGCGGGAGAGGGAGGAGAUGCACAAACGACUGAUGGAAGUGCAGAGGCAGCUGGAGAGAGAGCGGGAGGAGAGGAGGAGGAGGGGAGGUGGAGGAGGAGGUGGAGGAGAAACGGGAACGGCCAGGACGCCUAAGAACAUACCACAAGGAAGGCUGGCUGAGGAACGUUCCCCGAAGGACCCAAACCUGGAUAAUCUGGAGGACAAGGAUUUUUUUUCCAGCAAGGGUUUCUUAGCUUAUGGCAAGGACCCAUAUGAGACUCCGAAAGACCCGUAUGGGGCAUCAAAGGACUCGUAUGAGGCAUCUAGGGAUCCGUAUGGGGAGGAGCCGACAGAGGAGAUGUUGUCCCAGGCGAUGAGGGAGAAGGUGCAGGCGCUGGUGAUGCUGGCCGCGGAGGAGGAGCGGCAUUUGCGGGACUCGCAGCUGGUGGGGAGCCUGAGAGAGACCAUUGCUGGGCUGAACGCCACUCUGGGGCAGGUGAGAACUGGGGCAGGUGAGAACUGGGGCAGGUGUGAACUGGGGCAGGUGUGGACUGGGAUAGUCUUCCUCUAUCCUACUCUUGCCUGUUACCAGGUGACCGCAGAGAAGGUGAAGGCGCUGAUGCAGCUGGCGGACACGGCAGCAGAGGCACAGCAGCUGAGGGACGAGAUGGCAGCGCUGCAGCAGGAAGUGCGGAAGCGAGACGAGAUCAUCGCCAGAGACUCCCUCCCCUGGCAGAGUGCGGAGACAGCUGGAGUCUGGUCCGCUGGCUCAGAGAGCACCAUGAUUCCCGCCCUCUGGUCCUCCUCGCCUUCCCACGACCCGUUUGACAGCAGCGCUGGCUCCGAGUAUGGGGGGCUUGGAGGGGCGGGUGAGGGAAGAGCAGUGGGGGGCGGCGGGGGUGUGUAUGGCGGCAUGAUGGCUAUGGGAGGGGGGUUGCAGGGGCUGUACGGAGCAGCAGGAGGGGGAGGGGGAGGGGGAGGUGGAGGGGGAAUGGGGACAGGGGUUAUUGACGUGCCACAGUAUUCAAUGCAGUAUCAGAAUCAGAAUCAGAAUCAGAAUCAGUUUAACAGCCGGUCGCCGGGUUUUGGGAGGAAUUUUGUGCCUCCUCCUUCGAUCAACGUGAGCCGGUCGCGACAAAGCUCCUUCCACUCGGAAAGCAGCUUUGGAAUGGGCGGAGGAGGAGGAGGCGGAGGGGGAGGAGGAGGGGGAACGGGGGGGGGAGCAGGCCCAGGGUCAGCAGGGGCAGCACCAGCAGGAUUCUCCAUAUUCGGUCUCUUUAGGGGUGUCGGGGGGAGGGGUACAGGGGGAGGUGCGACUGGGGCAGGCGGGGGAGGGGGAGGCGGAGGGGGGGGAGGGAUAGGGGGAGGAGGGGGAAGCGGGGGAUCGUCGGCGUAUCUGACGAAUGGGAGCAGCAGGGGGAGCACUCCUAGGGGCGAGAUGGAGAGGGAGAGAGAGAGGGUGACCCCAUCAGUGGUGGCGAGACUAAGGGUGGAUAUAGCAGCUCUUGAAGAGGCUCUUGCAACAAUUGAGCAGAUCGCACAAACCUCCUCUGAAAUGCGCUCGUCCCUCGCUCAGGGCCUGGAGCAGAUUCUUUCAUGCAACAAGACCAAAGAGCCGAAGAAAACUGCUGCUAGGCCGACGACUUCCUCUCUCUCGCUAUUCUCGCCCUCGUCCAAGGCCCACAUUCAAGCGCAAAGAAGGAUCAAGUCAGUUGAGGAGGAAGCACGGCAGAUGAGGAUAGUGUUUGGAGCAGCCGCACAUUUGCCAAUCAGUUGGAAUGCAGGGGGGUCGGGAGGAGGGCGGAUGGGUGGGGGAAGGCAUGGGAUACCUGCUGAGAGGGCAGGUGAGGUUGUAGCCUCGGUUGGGCUGGAAAUUGCCGAGUUUGCCCUCGUGGUGGUGGGGUUGCUGCGGCCGGUGGAAAAGGGUUUCUAG